AUGGCUUCAAGCUCCUGUGAUUUCGUCAUUGCUGGUGGUGGUACCGCAGGGCUCGUCCUCGCCAGCCGCCUCACAGAAGAUGGCAGUCAGUCUGUCCUUGUGAUUGAAGCCGGAGCGGACCAGAGCGGCAACCUUCAGGUCAAGAUCCCGGCCUUUUACGCAGCAAACUUCGACGGUGACGCUGAUUGGAACUUUUCAACUAAGGCUCAGAAAGACCUCCAUAACCGAGCUGUUCCACUCAACCAAGGCAGAGGCCUGGGUGGCUCGAGCAUCCUCAACGCCCAGAUCUGGGGUCCGCCGACCAAGGGGAUCUCCGACUCGUGGGCUUCACUCGGAAACGAUGGCUGGAAUUGGGACUCGCUCCGUCACUUCCACGACAUGUCUUACACAUAUCCCUCUGUCCCUGAAUCAUCAUGGAAGACUCUUGGCCUACGGAGCUGGCCGGAGCAGAAGGAUAGCAAUCCGGGGCCUAUCACAACCUCGUUUCCGAAUGCGACUCAUCCUAUACGUGUGGCAUGGGCGGAAACACUCGCCAAGCUCGGCUACCCGAUGUCCAAAGACCCGCCCGUCAAGGACCGAGAGAAUAUCCAUGUCCUCACCAACGCCACCGCCGAGAGAGUGAUUUUUGAAGAAGGAUCGACCAAGGCCAUUGGCCUUCAAUAUCGCCACAACUCCAGUACGACAACGGUAAUAGCUCGUAAAGAGGUCAUCAUCUGUUCUGGUGCUAUCCAGUCGCCGAAGCUCCUCGAGCUUUCCGGCAUCGGCAACCGCGAGAUCCUCGCUCAGCACGGCAUUGAAACCAUUGUGGACCUAUGUGGUGUCGGUGAAGGUCUACAGGACCAUCUCGCAGUCGACAUCGGCUUCGAGGCGGAGGCUCUGGAGCGAGGGACCCUACCACAAGACGGGAGUCGGAUGCCCUUCAACGAGCAAUUGCCGAUCAACCUUCCGUCACCCAGCGGCCAUCAGCAAUUACGGAUGCUGCUUGAGCAGAACCGCCCAAAGCAGGACGAUCUUCCUGAUCGAGAGCUAGCCCGCGCCUCAGCAUUCUACAGAGUCGCCGAGAAGGCCCUCCUGGACCCUGCCUCGCCAUCGGAAGUCUACCGAACCUCGCUUGGACACAAUCCAUUCGAAUCUGACCCCGUGAACGGCGAGAGGACGCUGAACCCACUUCCCGGCACGUACCUCACUCUUGUCGGCAUCCUUGCCCAUCCCACCUCAAGGGGCAACGUCCACAUCCAAUCCGCCAACGCAUCCGUUGCGCCAGUGAUCGAUCCGAAAUAUCUAAGCAACCCGGUCGACAUCGAGGUCUUUGCCGAGCACGUGCUCUACCUGCAGUCUCUGGCUUCGUCCCCGCCCCUGAGCGGGCUGCUGAAGCAGCCGCUCAGACCGUCACGCGCUAUUUCGUACAUGGCGGACUUGGAAGCGGCCAAGGAGUACAUCCGCAUCCGCGCGGUGUCGAUGUGGCAUCCGGCCGGGACUUGCGCUAUGAUGCCCGCGGAGAUGGGCGGCGUUGUUGACAACCACCUGAGGGUGCACGGUGUCGAGAACCUCCGGGUCGUGGAUGCGAGUGUCAUUCCUGUGCUGCCGCCUGCGAACUUGCAGUCGGCCGUUUACGCUGUUGCGGAGAGGGCGGCCUGUUUGAUCAAGUCGCAAUAUGGGCUGAAGUGA